CCGCGUCCCGUCGGGAUGUUUUGGCUGAUUCGCCUCCGCUCCAGUUAUUUCUGCCAUUUUGUGAAAAUACCGUCAGCUGUGGAUGAACCGUCUGCAAACAGGAGCUCUUCACUGGAGAUGAGCUGGAGAUGAUCAGAUGAUGCCCAGAUCUGCAGCUGAUCUUCAGGAGGACUGUGCUCAGAGCAGUAAAGCCAUGUGCUCCACUAAUCAUCCAGCGCACUGGGUGACUUUUGAGGAUGAGGGCCCCGUCCCCCCGCAGUGCUCUGUCCCUCGGCCCCGGGGCCUAAAGUUGCUCCUGCCGACGGCCCAAUGCUGGAGCUCUAAUGGCAGCUCACAGGUGCCCACAAACACUCCGUUGGGGGCAGCUCCUCCAGGCACUUCCUCAGGCCAGGGGCCACCUGACGCCUCUGUGUCCCCCACAGCAGCUGACGUUGAGUUGGGGCUCUUCUGGGGAGACGGGGGGCAGAGACGGGACUCCUGGAGCUCCUCCUCAGACUCAGACUCUGGACUCAGCCCUCCUCGUUUCUUCAUUCGCUCCAAAGACGGAGCCGAGCCGCCGCAGGACCCGCUGCAGUACUCCUACUCCUAUAUCUGCCACAAACUGGAGCAGCUGAGGGCCGAGGAGGGCCGUGGUGAAGGGCUGGCCCUAGGCCCCGCAGUGGCCCCCAGACCCCCAUCCUCCUUUGUCCCGCAGGGGCUGUUCCUCAGCCAGAGAAGGCCUGGGUGGCCCCUGAUGCUGCGGAUCCCGGAGAAGAAGAACCGCAUGUCUUCACGGCAGUGGGGGCCCGUGUACCUGCGGCUCCUGCCUGGGGCCCUGCUGCAGCUCUUCUACGAGGAGGGCCUGGAGAAACCCUUCAAGGAGUUUCAGUUGCAGGUGCAGUGUGCUCUCUCUGGGCCCGCUCUGGAGAGCUACGGGGAGCCGGGCAAGAUCGCCACGCUGAAGGUGGAGCAGGUGUGGUACACGGAGAAGAAGCGGCGCGAGGCCCGGCAGCUGCUGAAGUUCGGCUCCACAGACUAUGGGGCGCUGGAGGACCUGCGGGUGUCCCUGGAGGAGGAGCUGGUACGGUUAGGGGCCCCACUGCUCCAGCACCGGCCCCAUGAGGAGCAGGAGCUCUUCCUGCAGAUCUGUGACCGCGUGUGGAUGCGGCAGGACAGCAGUGGCACCGUGCUGGAGAGCUCCGCCAUCACACAGCUGCACUGCCUGGCCUUCCUGAACGCGCCGGCCGAGUGUUUCCUGGAGCUGGGGCUCCUGGGUCGGGCCCCUGAGGAGGAGGACCCGCUGUGGAUGGAGAUCUUGGAGUAUCACCUGCACCGCUGCGUGCGGCAGGCUGAGUUUGCGGAGCGGCGGCUGCUGCGCUUCUGUCCUCCAGACGGCUGCCGGGUGGAGCUGCUGCGCUUCCGCACGCGGGGCCUGGCCUGUGGGGACGCUCCACUGAGGGCCCGGGGCAUGCUGACGCUGCAGGGAGCCAGUGUGCAGCUGCAGGUGUUCCUCCGCCUGCAGCCCGGCUUCCCCACAGCAGGAGCGCUGCCCGUCUGCAGGAGGGUGGAGGUGCGGGUGCCGCUGCCGGGCGAGUGUGUGCUGGUGCCCGCUGGAGCGUCUCUGUUGCGCCGUCGGCCCCUUAGGGCCCGCAUACACAGGAACACCUGCCUGGGCUCCGCUCUUGAGGCCGAGGCUCAGUCUGUCACACACGCGUCUGUCGGCUCCGUCAAAUAUGAGAACGUGCACCGAGCAGUCGUGUGGAGGAUCGAGCAGCUGCCGCCCAAGAAUACAGCUGUGGAUGUGCCGCAGUCGUGCUCCUGCAAGCUGGAACUGGCCUCAGAUCAGCAGAUUCCUGCAGACUGGCAGCCGCUGAUGAGGGUGGAGUGUGAGGUGGAGGAGGCGGCGGCGUCCAGCACACGAGUGCAGUCUGUGGGCAUCCAGAGCGACAUCCAGCCGCACAAACAGCUGAGCAGCAGAGCGCUCUACCACUGCCAGGUGGAGAUGGAGAAGCAGCUGAUGGAGGCCGACACACAGCAGCAGUCCAGCUGUGCCACGCAGUGAUUGAUCGCAGCCGUCCAGAUCACCUGUGCUAAUCUGCCGCUCCUCCCCCACAGCAGUGUCGUCACCUGCACACCCGUUCAUUAACCACGAGAGUCACAUGAAGUGUACAUAUGUACAGUCCAGAGUCUUCUGAUAUCUGUAACGGCCGCCUGGACAUCUGCUGCACUGCACCCUGCUCUACAGCUCACUGACACACGGAGACACACGGGGACAUGAAGAGGACACCAGCCGCUCACUGACAUGAUGCAGAAACACAAACUCAGCAUGUCCUGAGCUGUUACUGUGUUUCUCUGAGCAUCAGGCGUUCGUGUGCAUGCGUGCGUGCGUGUGUAUGUGUGUGUAGCUCACUGUGUUGUCAGGAGCUGUAUUAUUGCAGAUGCUCAGUAAUUGUACAGAUUAUUCCUCUGCAUUUAUCAUUGAUGAUGUGAGUUACAUAAUGACUGUCUCAAGUCCAUAAUAAAGAACUUAGAGGUG